CAGUACGAUACCCACAUUUUUCUUACGGAAGGGGAGAUUCAAAAACUGUUUGUACAGUACUACUGUAUUCAGAAUUCCGGGUAAAUACAGUAAUAAAUAACAGUUUUGUUAUUGGUGUUCAAAAAAUCAAGCAAGUAGAGCAUGGUACGAGUAUCGUACUGUACUUCGCUGUGCUUCACCAGUAGUAACACGGAAGAGCGAGCAAGGGUGACGAAGGAACAACCAACAAUCCCAUCCGAAACUCGAGCCUCGUCAUCCGCUCCAGCCUGAAACGAUUGGUAUCAGCGGCGUUCGCGUUUUGCAUUUGAAAUACAAAGGGUGACAAACUAUACAAAAAUACAACACAGGGUGUGCAUCGCAUCGCAUAGCACUCCUACAUCAGAAUUGACCGAUUCGUUGCAGCAUCGACGGAAAGAAAUCCGUUUUUUGCUUCACCGACGCAGCAAUCGCCAGCAAGAAAGACGAUCGGCAGCCAUCAAACAAAUUAUACACACCAACUGUAGAAUAUUGCGCUAUGCCUUGGCAGCAAUCGCAAUUGAAGCAAAUGGGGGGGAGGAAUGCGUGGCGAGGCACGCCUUCUCUAUAUUGGUUUCUCUUCGUUCUGGUCGUUGCGGGGCUCAAUGUCAUUAUCGUCUCAACCGUCGGGAACGCCGGUGGAACCGGACGGGGACUCUUGGGAAGAGACGACGACAAUGACCGAAUCACCCUGCUUUCGGCCAACAUACAUUUUGCCGUGUCGUCAGACAAGGAGAGCCAGGAUUCGAUUGCAAGGAUGGGAAAUGAGUCCCAUUCAAACAAAGGAGAACAAAGGAACCAAAGUUUAUAUUCCCUAGCUACGGAAACUGUUGGUGAUCGAUUGGAUAGGCGGGCAAUUAAAAAAUCCUUUGAGAACUUUUCAAACAAUCAAGAGAAUACUGUUGAAGUCACUUCACUACCAAUUAAAUAUUCGUCAGUAACUGGGAUGAAUAGCAAAACCUCAGAAUUAUCGUCAUCGAUAACUGAUGCACCGUACUUUAUGUACGGGAAAACGGCGUAUCAAAACCAGAAAUUCCAUCGCAAAAAAACGUUCCAACGGAUCGAUGAAGAGGAGGCAAAACCUAUUGAUGCAUCCCAAAAGGUUUGGGUGCUGCCGGAUCCCGUCAAGAUUCCAACUCGCAACCAUGAGAGCAUCCUUCUCGAGUACGACACAACCCAUCCGAAUGGCAACAACAGCAGCAGCAAGAACAACGAACAAAUUCUUGUCAAUAUUCUUGGACGAUACUCUCGUUCGGUUCAAUGGAUGGACCUCAAAACCGGUGAACAACGUGCGGUCGAGACCAACGGAACCGAUCCUGACCAACGGCCACUCAAUGAUUUGAACCACGUGGCGAGCGUCGUAGUCGACUCUUUUCGUCCCGGCGGAGAGAACCACCGAACGAGAAAGGAAGUCUGGCUGCCUUGUGGCUUCCACAACGAUCGCAUAGGAAACGAGUUGUCCAGCAACUACGCCCGGAUUGUAGAUCUGGAAACGAUGGCGGUUCGUACUGGACCAAAGCUUCCCUUUUCUGGUGGUGCCUGUGGAGCGGCUCCCAUCGAAGCGAUUCCCGGAGAGCCAACGCUCGUCUGCUCCUUUGGCGGAACCAACGGGAAUCACGAUACGGGUGAGUGAACCGGUAGAGACGUUGGUUUCUUUCAAACACAAGAAAGUCUUGCAGAGGAGAGGAUUCCUUUUCUCACCACAUUCUCUUUGAUUUCACCAAACUCGAUUACAUCAUCCCACAGGUAUUUUUUUGCCGUACGUGUCAUGUUAUGAUCGAGUCACCGAGAAAUGGCUUCAUCCAUUUGGCAAACUUCCUGUUGGGAUGGACCACCUUAGUGUUGCCGUUGUGCCCAAGGCCGCAUGCCACCAGGAUGAUCCUGCUCGCGUUCUCGUCUUCAAUUUUCGCACCAAAAACUACGCUACCCAUGCCUCGGCUGAAAUCUUGGCUUUUGAUAUACCGAAAAAUGGAUGGACGAGAGAAGAACUAGUACAAAUAUCGGCCGAGGAAGAAGGGGAAUGGUACACGUUUGCAAACCACAGCUUCACCGGUGGGGAGGAUGAGGCAUAUGCACCGAGGGAUGCAUCCGGUGUGGUCAUGGCCAAUGGUGGUAGAUCGAUCGUCAAUUUUGGUGGAAUCAAUCAGAUACGAAAUCCCCGCUGGAAGAAAAAAGACCGUAGCAACGGCCCCAAGGUGUUCUCGACCUGGUACCCAACCAUUCGAGAACUCAACGUGUGCUCCAGGACAUGGGAGAAGGUAGCCGACAUGGGCAUCCAAACCUUUGCACUCAUGGCCUCAGCGAGCACGCAGCUCAACGUUGCCUUCUUUUGUGGUGGUUCGAUGUACCGGCAAGACUACAACGGGAACACUAAUCUAUGCCUCGCGACUAAGAUUCCCGGGAUCGACUUUUGGAACCAUCGGACCGCGGCCGUCGAGAAUUUCCCUCAAGGCUUUGAAGCCGGUGGAGAGGCUACCGUCGAGGCUCUUGUCAGCAGGGUAGAACGGUGACCCAGCGCGGGGAUAGGCCGGUGUAGAUUCAAUGCCAAUUAUUAGAUAUUACGCGGUUCGUGAUAUUCUGAACAUUGUACAUGAACCAAGUCGCAUUGCAAUCUCAACAAAAAGAUAUCCAUAUUCCCAAUUAACUACCAGGGUAUUGUUUGAAAUUUCUACGGUUGGUCGGUUUUUGGUCGACUGCAAACUUGACUGCCUACUAUUAUGUGCUCGAUUCAUAGGUGGCCAGUUAUCGGACACUUUCCUUCCUGAAACUCCGUCGAACAAUCGCUGCAGUCAUCAAUGAAAUGAUUACAAAGGAUACCUCAGCUGCAGAAGUCUCAUACCGUACUACCCCUUUGAAAUCAAACAACUAGUAGUGCCAUUAUCUGAAAAAUUAUACCACUGGUUUCAUUCUAUUUGUAUUUAGUCCAUUGCAAACUUGGUUGCAUACUCUUGUGCGUUCGAUUCAUUGGUGGCAAGUGACGUAUCGUCGUCUCGGUUUCUCAUUGUUGUCGCCGCCAUUUGCUGAAACUCCAUCGAGACAUCGUUGUGUGGAUAAUACCGGUACCCCGAGUUUGGAUUGUCCAUGCUGACCACAACUGAGCUGUUGUGAAUGGGUUCCAGUUUCUGGGAAGUGAGAUUGCGACAAGAAGCAUUCCCGCUGGCAUCUCCGUAGACAUGGUUCCGCCGCAAGCGAGCAGCGCGGACCGCAGACAAACGGUCGAGCACCGCCUUCUUUUGCUGUUCGUGUCGAUCGUUUGGUGGCAGUGCCAUACAGUAUCGGAACGCAGGUUGUGUGGUGAAAAGAACGGGGGCCACUUGGUGUUUUGGUGGUAGCUUGGUCGCUUCAUUGUGAUUCACGGCAAAUGGCGGUCCUCUUUCGGGGCUGAUCCGCAAGCCGGGAAUCGGAGGCCUACAGUUCUCCGCUUUGUGCGGCGCCUCGUUUCCGCUCCAAGUACCGCUGGGGCUCCUCGGGUGAUGCUGCCUGCUUGGUGCACGGAAAGGUUUCGAUCGCCUGCAAUGGUAGCUCUUGCUUCCGCCUUGCUGGGGAUCUGAGUGCAAGUUUCCUCUCGGCGGUAUCUCUUCCUGGUUUGGCAAGAGCGAAGGUUUUGUCGCAUUUCUGGAAUGGUGGCUGCUGCUUCCGCCCGGCUGGGGGGCUGUGUGCAAAUUUCCUCUUGGUGGUGUCUCUUUCCGGCUUGGAGAAAGUGAAGAUUCGGUCGCCCUAGAAUGGUGGCUGUUGCUUCUUUCUGCGGAGGUGGUUUCUCUUGGUGGUGAAUUUGGGCGAAAUUUGCCAAUAAAUCCUUGAUGCUGUUGCUGCUGAGUACUCUGGAGUUUCCCUCGGUUGGCUCGACGGCUGAGAAGGGUUCGCUGCCUACUCAGGAGCAUUUUGUGACGAGAUUCCAUUAUUAUAGCGUAGUUUUCGUCAAAGGGCGAGGGCAUGUCCGGCGGUGCGGGCUCAUUCGCUACCGGGUUUCGACUGCUGGUCUGGUUCUCACUAUAUCGUUCUUCGAGAGCAAGAUUGAGUGUGUGUGGUGAUGAAUUGUGAGACAACCAAUCCGAAGAUUUCGAUUGGAAAUUGUUUGAACCCAGGUAUCCUUGCAUACCGGGUGAUCGAAGGUUCGACAUGUCAACGACGGGGUGGGGAUUGCCCUCCGCUCGACUGGAUCUAUAGGACGAGUCGUAUGCCUGCCGAUCCCUAUCCAUCGAUCUGACUAAUCUGCUUGCCGACGAUUCUAUUUCGCGAUGAGAAUACUCCGUGGAUUGGCAAGACUGUUCAGAAGAAAUUGUAGCCUGUCUA